UUAGGAAAAAAGGAAGAACAAAAUUAAAAAAAAAAAUUAUUUCUCACCGUCUUAACUUCGCUAUAAAGGAAAGAAACAAAGAUUGCUUAAAAAGAGAAGAGAAGAGAGAAACAAAACACUUAAAAGAACUCAAAAGCUAGAAGAACUCAAAAGAUGUAUAAUCAAGAACAUCCUGUCGGUGCUCCUCCUCCCCAAGGGUAUCCUCCUAAGGACGGUUAUCCUCCGGCUGGCUAUCCUCCCGCCGGUUAUCCACCGCCAGGAUAUGCUCAGGGAUACCCUGCUCAAGGUUAUCCUCCACCGCAGUACUCUCAAGCUCCCCAGCAAAAGCAACAAGCUGGUAUGCUCGAAGGAUGUUUGGCUGCGCUCUGCUGUUGCUGUCUCCUGGAUGCUUGUUUCUGAUCGGAGAAUUUAUUCAGUUCAACGAUUUCUUCUUCUAUUACAUGCAAUGAAAAAGACAGACUUGUGUGCCGUUGUUUAUCUUCUUUCGUUUCGAAUUUGUCUUUUGAACGUUUGUAUCUUAUGGAUUAUUGACUCGACUAUGACCAUAUCUCUUCGCUUUCA